CUGCGGGGCGUGGCGGGCGUGUCAUCGCCGCUCUGGGCCGCGCUCCCCGCGGCUCUGUGGUGGCGUCGGCUGACGCGGAAGAGCGGGGCCGGGCCGGCGGCGGGAGACGGGGAAUGACGAUGACCAGCAUCCUGUCUUCAGCAGGGGAUGGAAACUGCUAUUACAUCCUAACAGAAGACUGUGCCUAUGGCAGCAAGUACUUCCAAGCUGGGAACAUGUGUUUCUGCAGUGAGAGAAGUUACCUGCGUAACUUCUCCGAUGACAGGCCCCCGGCUUGCUUCUUAAAAGUCAUCAUGUUGGAUGACAGCUCCACUGUCACGAUAAAUAUAGAAAUCCUUCAGCCUGUGCGCAAGGAGACUGCUGUCUUCCUCCUGGCCAUCAGUAGCCACAAUGAACGCUUGAACUACUUCUUGGAGAGGCUGAGCCUUGAAGCAGCUCUGCGGGCCGUGCCAGGCCAAAAAGUGAUGGUAGAGGUUGACCAGCAAUAUUUCCCUGGUAUCAUCCGCUACAUUGGAAGCAUUUACAAAAACACUUCAGCUGUCCUGUCUCCAGUCUUCUUCGGGGUGGAGUUACAGAGUGAAGGAGAAAACAGAGGGCGCAGUGAUGGAUCUUACCACGGUACUGAGUAUUUCAAGUGUAAGCGGAACUGCGGGAUCUUCCUGCCGUUUAGCAAAGUCCAGUUUAUUUCCAUGCCAGACGAUGACUAUGCGAAACAGAAGCCAAAACCAGACACAGAAGAGGUGGUUCCUGUGAAAGUGGGAGAUGCAGUUAGCUUCUACGUGGACCAAGUCCUCACAAAAGGAAUAGCGAUGGCAGUUUACAGGGAGGGAACCCAGUGGUUCGUUACAGUUUGUCCGGAAGAAGAAGGAACAACUGACAUUUUCAGAGAGAUCCCUAUGGACUCUGUUGUGAAGGAAAGCUUGCAAAGUUUAUUUUCACCAUUCGAGUCUGACAUGGGCUUGCAGCACCCAAACCAAAUGAAACGAGAGAGAAGCGAAAGUGGGGAGGAGUGUGAAAGUGGGAAUUCAUCCCUGGAGGUGAACUCCAUGGUCCAGAUCACCUUGGACAAGGGAAAUCAGGUUUCAGGAAUCAUCCGCUGGUUGGGCUACCUGCCCCAAAUUAAGCACAAAAUGGCAGGAGUUGAACUGGAUGAAGAUAAAGGGGUCACUGCUGGCGAAUGGCUGGGCAAAUAUUACUUCCACUGUGCUCCAAAGCGCGGACUCUUCGUCAAGCUGCAGUCCUGCCAGCCUGACAUCCGCUUCCAGUGUUCACACAACAGUGACUUGAGUCUCACAGGUUAUAGAGGGCAAGAAGUUCUUCCACAGGCUUCAGAGAGUUUUCCUCCCCUCCGGAAUGAGGCAGCAGUGCGUGUCCUGCUAGGGCGGAUGAAGGGGAUCCAAGGGCAUUGUAAUUCUUGCUAUAUGGAUGCAGCCCUCUUCAGCCUCUUCUCCUGUACGUCCGUGCUGGACUCCAUGCUCUUCAAGCCCUUCCCACUAUGUGACAGGAACGUCCAGAGCAUUCUGCGGGAUGAGAUUGUUAAUCCCCUCCGAAAGACUGGCUUCGUCAGAGCUAGGAGUGUGAUGCACCUUAGGGAGCAGCUAACUGAAAAGGGCCGGUGUUCAAGCUUUACCAACGCUGAGAAAGAUCCUGAGGAGUUCCUUAAUCUCAUAAUGCAUCAGAUCCUGGGAGUAGAGCCACUGUUGAAGCUGCAGUCAGGAGGCCAGAAGGAGCAGGACUGUUACUGUUACCAGAUAUUUAUGGACAAACAGGAGGAUCUGGUGGUUCCCGAUGUGCAGCAGUUAGUGGAACACUCCUUCCUGUCCUCUGAUCUGAAGCUAGUGGAGAUCCCAUCUUGCUUCAUUAUCCAAAUGCCGCGUUUUGGGAAGGAAUAUAAAAUGUUCAGCAAAAUUAUUCCUUCCCUGGAACUGGAUAUAACAGAUCUGCUGCUUGACAGUCCCAGGGAGUGCUGUGUGUGUGGCAACGUUGCCACCCUGGAGUGUGCAGAAUGUUUCAAAGACAAGGUAUUUGCAGCUGUGGGCCUGAAGCAGUUCUGCAGCUCCUGCUCCAGACAGGUUCACUCCCACUACCGACGCAAAAUGCACAAGCCAACUGGGCUGCACAUCCCAGAAGAGUUUCACAGUCGGAGUCCUUGGGGUAGCCAGCAGGUCCCUCGUGAGAAGAUGGAGCUCUUCGCGGUGCUCUGCAUCGAGACCAGUCAUUAUGUCUCCUUUGUGAAAUAUGGCCCUGAGAACGAACACUGGAUGUUCUUUGACAGCAUGGCUGACAGGCAUGGUGACGAAAAUGGCUUCAACAUUCCCACAGUAACGCUGUGCCCUGAAAUUGCCAAAUACCUGGACUUGUCACUGGCUGCACUGGCCCUGGAGCAACCUCGGGACAUGGAUGGAGUGGCCAAGCGCCUCUUCUGCGAUGCCUACAUGUACAUGUACCAGAGCAAGAAGAUGGCACUUUACAAAUGACGCUGUCUUUGGCUGGUGCCGCAGAGCUGUGAGUUGUCAGAAAUGUGAGCUUGGAUCAACCUUGCAGCUCGUAACUGGUGAAAGCAGCUGAGUCUGGGUGCACCGAGCUUGCACUUCUGCCUCUUCUUACCUCUUCCAGUGUCUGGUAUCAAGCUGUCCAUGUUGGCCUGUCUGGGUUUGUUAAAUCCUGUACCUGGACUUACUGAGUGAUAGUUUGUACUUCGGCAGACCUGGACUCUGAUUACUUACACUCAAACUCAUUCUUAUUUCCUACCUUCCAUUUCCACCCUCCUUCCUCCCCAGGCACUCUGCAGUGCUGCCCUACCUCAGCAUCCUCCCCAGCAUCCUGUUCUCCCUGUGUCAUGGUUUAACCCCGGCCGGCAACCAAGCACCACACAGCCACUUGCUCACCCCCCUCACCCAGAGGGAUGGGGAGGAUUGGAAAGGAAUGUACACCUCAAGGGUUGAGAUAAGAGUAAUUUAAUAGGUAAAGCAAAAGCCGCACACGCAAGCAAAGCAAAGCAAGGAAUUCAUUCACCGCUCCCCAUGGGCAGGCAGGUGCUCGGCCAUCCCCAGGACAGCAGGGCUCCGUCGCACAUAACAGUUACUCGGGAAGACAAAUGCCCCCCCUUCCUUCUUCUUCCCCCAGUGUAUAUACUGAGCAUGAUGCCAUAUGGUAUGGCAUAUCUCUUUGGGCAGUUGGGGUCACCUGUCCUGGCUGUGUCCCCUCCCAAUUUCCUGUGCCCCCCCCCCCAGCCCUCUCGCUGGCAGGGCCCAGGAAACGGAAAACUCCUUGAUUUAGUAUAAACAUCACCCAGCAAUGACUAAAAACAUCAGUGUCCUGUCAGUAUUGUUCUCACACCAAAUCCAAAACACAGCACUGUGCCAGCUGCUAAGAAGAAAAUGAACUCCGUCCCAGCUGAAACCAGGACACCUUGCCAGCCCUUCCCUCCAAGGCUGAGGACCACUCUUUGAUCAAAAUACGAGCAGUUAUCCUCAGGUUUGCAAAAAGCACAAGAAAACCACAGCCUUGCCCUGCCUGAAGAUAUUCUCACGUGGGCUUGUGGAGUGAGAAAACCAGGUGUGAGCUGCACUGGUGUGGUUAAAUGGAUCAGGACGAAGGGUUUUCUUGAGGUCUGGGAUAUGACCCCACACCUAAAGCUGGGUCCUUGAAUUGUCUGCACUUCUUUUACCCAGCACUAAUACUCUGGUACUUUUACCCACCAUCACUUAUUUUCAACCAUGGGAUUAAUUGGAUGCUUUUGGCUGCAAAUAUGCUUUAAAAAAUAUGUAUUUCUGUAAGAACAAAACUGGAAGAAAGAUGGAGCAGAGGAACAGCAUGUGAGCUCAUUAUGCUGCUUCUUUUUUUGCGAAGUCUGCACAAUUGCUGCAUGACUGGGUGUUCUAACCUCACUUCUAGCACUUCCUGUCCAAACUUCUGAGAUGUGUGCCAAAGACCAAUAACAGAAUUCCAAGAGCAGAAACAUUAAAAAUGGGCACUCUUGGAUUUUUCUGCCAUGACUGCAGUAAGGUUUAAGGUCCGUGGGUGGGAUCUGGUAUUCCUGAAGCUAAAUAAAUUUGCAAACUAGAGGUUCUUUGCCAUUAGGCACAUGCUGUCAGGGCAGUGGGAAGUCAGUGUUAUGAACUGGGUUGCCCAGAUCCAGAUUGCACCAAAACCUUGAGGAAUGCAUCCAGAAGCCCCAGAUGUGGUGCUUUCAUCUCACUCCUCCUCCUUUUUUCCUCUUUAAUGCAGGGUACCGUCAUUGUAAUACACAGCCUCUAGCUUUGUAUCGGACCUGUUGGCUUGGGCCAUGCGAUACCUGCGGGUUUUUUGCUGACAGCAGGGUUGUGAUGCUAAGUAGGACCUCAAUAGCAUGAUGGCUUUCGGGUGUGUCCCUUGUUUCUGUAUGUGGUGGCUACAAAGGGUGGCUGGUGUGUAACGAACCUAGAUUGUUAAUACAGAGUUAAUGUCAA